AUGGCAAAGAGAAUUUAUCAAAGUCUGAAAGAAGAACAAGUUGCUGAAUCUAGCAAAAGGCAAAGGACUCAUUCUGAAGGUUUUUUGAUUCGAGAAACUCGAGAGAUCCGAGAGAUCCGAGAAAGUUCUGUGGAAUCAAUUGAAACCAUCAAGGACGAUGGUUCUGAACCUGAAUUAGUGGAAGAAAACAACAAUAUUCAACUCAAUAACAUCUAUCGAAAUUUACUUGGACAUUAUUUUGAAUCCGAAAACUUAUCCCCACCUAAGUUUAUUACUGUAAACAAUGAAAAUGGGAUAGUUUCAUUUAUAUAUGUUGAAAACAAAAAAUUUCACAGUGGAAUCUGUUUUUCAGAGGAGGCAGCAGAAGAAAUGGUAGCAAAACAAUAUUGUGAGUGGUUAGAUUUAAAUAUAACUUCUCAGAAUAGUAAAAUAAUUCAAUGGGGAGUUUGUGAUGAAAUAGUACAACUACAAAGAAAUUCAUAUGAAUCUUGGCUCAAAUGGAAAAAAACUGUGCCAAAAAAUAAAAAAAAUAAAGUAAUUAUUGAAUCGACAUUACCACCACAACUCCCUGAAACUCCCGCUGAAUUCAUUGCCUCCAAGAAGAAGGCAAUGCGAAAUUAUAUUGAAGGAGAAAAUAAUGAUAAUGAUAAUUUAACAAAUUUAUCAUUUGUUCGUCGACGAAUGCUUGAAAGACAGAGGAAAAAAAAGAAGGAGAAGGCUCUUAAACGUAAACGUGAUGAGGCUACAAAAAUAUUUCUAUCUGAUGAAGCGUACAAAGACGCGGAACGGGCAUUGUUGGAACGUUACGAUGAUAAAUGUUAUUAUGAUUGUUUACUCAAAUAUGCUCGAAACACCAAUAACCGUUUUCCAACUUGGUUCCCAAUAAUAUAUGGAGACAAUCAGGGCUGGAUUGUCGAAAUGGAUUAUUUUCGUAAAUUUACAAGUGGGGUUCAUAAAGAUUAUUUCGAUGCAAGAAAUGAAGCUGCUAAAGCGGCAGCAAAAUAUUUUCCCAGCGUGUGUUCUGGGCACUUUCACCAGAAGAUGGAAUAA